UUUCUCUUCUUCUCUCGUCUCCAAUGCAUGAAAAAAUAUAAUUUAGAAACUCAUGUAAGCUCUCAACUUCAUUUAGGGACGAGCACUUCAACAGGCUAUGAAGCAACAUACCGACAAGGAAGACAACGACUUUUUUCCUGCCUUUAAUCGGCUAAUCCCAGCAACAUCACAACAAAACAAACGAAUAAAAUCGCCUGAACAUGCCGUGCCAGCAGCAGUAACAGUAGUUGAUGACUACAACUACUUUUCUGAACGCGAGAAUGGCCCAUCCCGAUCUCAGUACUCUCAACCGGCGACCACUCCUCAUCGAGACAUAGCGGACAAUCGACAGCAUCGCAUUCAGGCACCACAAACACGAACGCAAUAUUUCAGCGAGAUGGAUGAAGUUGAAGUAGAAGAGGACGAUCUCUUGUAUGGCUAUCCGACAGCACCAAGCCAACGACGACAUCCAAAAAGUCGUGUUAUUGAUGAAGAAUAUAUUGACGAUGUGCGAGAAGAGCCGUAUGAAAGACCAAAAACUCGUCGACGCGUUUCUCAAGCACCAACAUAUACGGCUGCUGCACCUCCUGCACAAUUUGAUCUACGACAACAGCUGGAACAAUUACAACGAAAAUAUGACGAGCUGGUGAAUCUGCGAUAUACCCAAGCUGAGGAAAAUAUUUUACGUCUCAAAGAAACAGCGAAUCGGCAGCUCCAAGAAGCAGACAAUAGGGUUCAGCAUUUACAAAGAUCGCUUGAUGACAAGGAAAACAAGCUUCAAGAAAUGGAAAGUGUCCUGCAAGAGAAAGAGAGGGUAUAUCAUGAGAGAGAAAAGGAAAUUCGUGACUUCAAGAACGAUGUCACUCUACAACAGCAGCGAAUCCAACAAGCAUGGGAUACCGAAAAAGAGCAAUCGACGAAAGAAAUUGACAUAUUAAAAGCAAAGGUGGAACGUCUUGAAUCCGAAAGAAACGAUCAAGGGAUGUCAAAAUACGUGAACGAUGAUCAACGUAUCAAGCAUCUCGUUGAGACGUAUGAAGACUUGACGGGGUUGCUGGUCACGGAUAUAAAAGAUACAAACAAUGGCCAGGUGUAUAACUGUGUUCAGAGUGGAAGCAAUGGAACUAUUCAAUUCAAACUCUACCGCCAAGAUGGACCGACUCGGGAAUUCACAUAUCAACCUAUAUUUGAUACUGAGCGCGACGGGGCUAUGGUAAAAAAGCUACCAGGGCAGAUGCUUAGCGACGUGAAUUUUCGACAAGAGCAAGCAUGCCUCUUUCAUUGCAAGCUUUCGUAUGCGUUAUUACAUCAAUCGAAGAAAUGAUACUAUUGAUUAUUACUAAUGCUGAAUACCAGAAAGAAUGCAUUUCUAUAUACAAGU